AUGAAAAAAUAUAAAAAACUACUUAAACCAUUUCGAUCCCUUGAUCUUUUCACUAAACCAGUUUCCCUACUAAUCAAAGAUUAAGAGCGUCACAAAACCUAUUGUGGUGCCUUUCUCACCUUGAUUAUAAUAUCUAUGAUGAGUGUCCUUUUAUGCAUGAAUUUCAUUAAUUUAGAUAAAAAUCCUCGUUCUUAUCAAUAUUAGAUCUACCACUAAGCUAUAAGUCGUACUCAAUCCAUGAAUUUUACAUUUUAAAUAACAGGAUAAGAUGAAUAAAACCUAAAUGUUAUUACAUAAGAUGGGCCACUUUAGUUAAGUGAGAAUCUCUAUCAAUUUAAUAAAUAAGUCAGUCUAUAUGAAUCAGACCAUAAUGUUUAGUAUGUUAUCGUUGAGAUAUAUCUCAAGAAUACUAGCCAAAUACAAAAAUAAGUGGAAAGUCUUAAUUUUUAGCUGUCAAUACCAACAUUUUAUUAUGAUUUAAAUGAUGUUCAGGAUCCAGUAAAAACAAGAGUAGAAAAAAUAGAAACAACUUUAAGUCAUUAAAUUUAAAAAAGAAUUGAUAUAUACAUGAGUCCAUUUACAGUCAUUUCAGAUGAUGGUAUGGUAUUUAAAGAUGAGAAAAAAGAAAGUGUAUUAGCAUAUCAAUAUCAUCAAGAAACUUAUGAAAUUGGGAAUGGCUAAAAACUACUUCAGUUCAGAAUACGCUUAAACAAAACCGAAUUUGUUUAAUAUAGAUCUUAUCCGAAAUUGUAAUAAAUUCUUGGAGAAGCUGGUGGGUUAUGGAAUGUUAUUUUUACAUUAGCCAUGUUUUUAUAAUUGCCAUUUAGCAAUCUAUCCUAUCGAUUGUAAAUUGUAAAUUCCCUAUUUAAUUUUUCUAACGAUAAUGAUGCAACAUCUGAAAAUGAUAGAAUUUAAGUUGCUAAUGAUAAACUUUUGGAAAAAGCAAUAAGUCCUUAAUAAAUAGACAAGAAAAUCCCAUUAUGUUAAAGUGAAGUCAAUCUUCCAAUAGGACCAAUAUUCAAGAAGUAGAAAUCAUUCAGUCAACUCAAUUAGUUGAAUAUAAAAAAAAGAUUAUAUAGUAUACAAAGAAAGAGUUAAAUGAUCACAGAAGCUGAUAGUGAAAAUUAGAAGGCACACAUAACAAAUGAGAUCUCAGCAUCUAUUAAAAGAUUCUUUAGAGUAGUGACUAAGAAGUUGAAUUUGAAUGUCUUAGAAUAUGUAACCUUUUAAUUUCCAAGAGGGAAGAAUAAUACUAAUGUAAAGUAUUAGCAAUUCGAAUUUGCUGUUAAUCGAAUUUAAAAAUCACUUGACAUUCUGUAUAUUAUCAAUAAAUUACAUGAAGUUGACAAAUUGAAAUUCAUACUUCUUAAUAACGCUUAGAUCAAGAUGUUUGAUUAUUUACCAAAACCAUUUAUAGGAGCAGAUCCUUAAGACAUUUCGGAUGAUAAUUUCUGCUCACUUUUGAAACCUGCAAAGACUCCUUAUCAGAAAGCACUAGAGGCUUAACAAGCAUUUAAAGAGAUUAUAACAAACUAUUAGGAUCCAAUAAAUCAGAAACUUAUAAAUAGUAUGGAUGAACCUAUCAUAGACUUAAUGAAACUAUAAUUGAAUCAAGAUAUUCAGAUUCUAGAUACGUCAGUGAUUAAUUAGUUAGUGCAGAGUGCAGAAUAUAAGCUAGACACAGCAAGAUAAUGA